AUGGACCACGCGUUGUCCCCCGACGUCAGAGGGUGUCAGAUGCUGCACGAACACGGCCAUGCAACCCCGGAUCUUGCCCAGUGUGCGCCCCAGCAAGCGCCCGAAAGUGCUGGGACCACGGUGACGGGUGGAGACGGCCCCCCCAAUCGGAGCGACCGGCAGCGCGACCAGCGUCUCGUUGCAUACCGUAUGGAGCCGAGAACGCUGAUUGCCUUCUCCCUGUUCCGGGCUGUGCGUCACCUGCACGCAGUCCCCUUUCGCAGGCAGCGCUCCCAAACUGCGCGACCGCUUGUGCGGCUUCUGGGUGUUGCGGCUCCAGUGCCUUACGCAAGCAUUGACAGCCAGCCUCCAAAGCUUUGUCAUGCUGGCGAGCUUCCCUCAGCAUCGUCGCACGUAAUUGCAGAGCGGACCUCACAGCAUCUUUCUCGUUGCUUCCGCCUGCGUCUCUCGCUCUUCACCGGUAAGGCAGGUAUCUGGACAAAUGCCUCCAGGUUUUCCGCGAUUACCACUGAUACGAUCGGCUCUACGCUCGACGGCGAAAGGUCAGGCGUUGUCACGCGCCUUCGCCGCGAAGCCGAAUUUCUCCUCGUCGACUACCAUCCACGUACUCUCUGA